AUGAGCAGCUGCAAAGUCGGUAUAAAAGAUCAUGUGGCAACUCUGUACAAGUCAGCGCAAGAAAGGGCAAGUAAGGCUGCCCGGGAGCGAGACCGGUCGAGGCGAUAUCGUUCAGCAGCCCGUCAGAACAAUGACACACUUUCGGGCGGUUCUCAUCCUCAUGUCAUAAGCAGCCACCCAUCGAAUUUUCCGGAAAACCCACUCAUGGAAACAGCUCGAGAAGAAAGCUCUCUGCUCACACUACUGCGCAAUAUAAACAACAAUCGGUCGAUCACAACGACCCACGAGCCGCCGACAAUACAAGUAGACGAAACAGCCCUGCAACCGGAUGUAUCUACACAGUCGAUCGGCCAAUAUGCAGAUUCCCAUGCCAUCUGCAUUGCGGCACAAUAUCCUGGAACCACAACUCAUCAAGACGCGGCAACUAUAGAGGAUGAGGCAGAAUCUACCUCGGCUACCGAACCCUCAAGCUUAUAUCUUCCUAUUCAAGUCGAACGACAGGCCAUUUAUAGACCUGGUCGUCCUCAGAAGGACCCUGCCCUGUCGCCGCAUGCGCGAACGCGUCUCCGUGUCCAACAAUACCGCGACCAACUGUUGGAAAAUCCGGGAAUCCCCCUUCCCCUCAGGACUCAGACUGUUAGUCUGAAAGUCCUAGAUUUAAAGUUUAAAGUCCUAGAUAUAAUUAUCUAG